AUGGAACUGGAAAAGGAGUAUUAUGGGCUGAUAUGGAUGGAAAAACCAUAUCCCUCUUCCAUACCAUGUUUUAAGAGGUAAUUUGAAACAUAAACUACACAGAAGACAAAGAGAUUGGGAGGGGAUCCUGUUUGAAGGUGAAGGCGGGGAGAUAAUAAGAAAGAUAUCUGUUUAUCUUAACAUGUUACAUCAAGGAGAAAGGUGACUGGCAGAAUUGCAAUGAUUUCUUUUUUCUAUUUGUUUACUCUAGCAACUCUUCAGACUGGGAUGGAAUUCCAAUGGAGGACAAGACGUCAACAAAAAGUGGAGAUAACGAAUCUGAUAACGGGUCUAUAAUACUCAAGCCAUCGUCUGAAAUAUUUCCAAAUGAGACUUAA